AUUUUCUAACCUUGGGAAUACCUGCUACAUGAAUGCAAUUCUUCAGUCGUUAUUCAGCCUUGAACCUUUUGUCAACGAUGUUCUCAAUAAUGACGUGCAUAAAGAUAUGCCAAGAGAAAGCCUAUACAAGGCUGUCUUUCAACUAAUACAAGCAAAAAAGAAAGACAAAGGAACUAGUGAAAUACAGACUUUACUACGAUAUCUGAAGAGUGCUAUUUCAAACACAGCAACCCGUUUCUCAGGCUACCUACAACAUGUAUGCUCAACAUUAGUUGAAUAUUUCAACAAAUUUAAUAUAAAUUGA